AUGGCGUUAAUCCAAACGGCAUUUAUAUGGAUUGCAUACGCUGUCGCCGUCAGCAUCGUGGCACUCAUUGCGGCUAUCUUCACAUAUACAUACCAAACUCCUCGAGACCGUUCCGCCCUGGUAUCGACCGUAACGAUUCUGACCCUCACCUCGCUCCUUGCAACGGUCCUACUUCUACCAGUAGAUAUCGCACUAGUUAGCUCUACGACAUCCUCAAAACUAGGUGCGAAGAAAGACUGGGCGGACCCCAAAACAGUUGCCAAUAUACUCUUGACGCUCAAGAUUGUGUAUUAUACGCUCUACAGCUUGGAUGCGGUGCUCUGCCUUCUAGUCGUACCUUUUACCUACUUCUUCUAUGAAGAAUGGGAUGAAGUUGACGAUGAAGAGGGUAUCUCGAGCUUUGGGGAGAAGUUCUGGGGAGCGUUUAAGUACACUCUGAUAUUUGUCGUACUGGUCGUAAUCCUCUUCCUUGUUGGCUUCUUCGUACCAGUUGCGCGGGAUCGCAAUGGCAGCCACAUGGAUCUUGACUAUUUCAAGCGUCUGUUAGCUGAAAACGGUGGAGAGAGAGCCUUGACAUUCGCCCUCGGGCUGCUCAUCUGUCUGGGAACGCUGCUCUACAUUUUAUAUACGGCGGCCGGGCUUGCUCUCCUUCCCAUAUCCUUCAUCAAAUCGACACCUUCAAUUAGCGCACCUCAACUGCACGAGACGACUACGACUGCCCUAGAGCAGAACCGGGAAAGGCAACGCCAGCUUGAGGGCCGCAAUGCAGGACGCGCAGGAGGAAUGCCCGCUAAAGACCAGCGGGAAAUGGAGGCAUUGGUGCGUGAAGAGCGUACUUUGGUCCGUCGUGACCGUUUGGCUACAGAGGCACAGGGUGAGGGAAAGAGAUUUAUCAUCAGAGUCUGGACGAAAUUGUGCGCGGUUUUCCGGCCUCUUAAGUUGCUCGGAGGAGUCCUGCUACUCAUGCUUGGUGUUGUAAUCUGGGUAUCAAUGUUGAUCACCGGCAUUGACAAGGCGAAGAACUCCAUUUGCAAACAGCACUGUGGAUAUAUUCUGGGAAACAUCAAUGUAUUCCAACCAGUCAACUACGUCUUUGUCCAAGCUUCAAGACUCUUUCCCAUCGACUAUGUUUUGAUGGCUCUUUUGGUCUUGUUCUUUUUCAGCAGCUCCAUUACUGGCAUAGUCACUAUUGGAAUCCGCUUCCUCUGGGUCAGAUUAUUCCAAAUGCGCAAAGGGCAUACCUCUCCACAGGCACUUUUAAUAGCGACCGUGAUGUUAGCCUUGAUCAUGCUCGCGAUCAAUUACGCAAUUGCCAUGAUCGUUGCACCACAGUACGCAAUCUACGGUGCUCAAACAUUCUGUACCAAUCCAACGAAGCACCCCGAUGACCAGCCAGACUGUUCAAACCAUCGGGAGCUCAUCCAGCCCUGCUCGGAACUCUCCUCUGAUCUCCGAUCAGGCAACGUCUGCACCCCCAGCGUGGUGUCAACAUUCCUUAACCGCGUCACCGUCAACUUUCCAUUCUUCGGUGCCCUAGCUUUCUGGGCACAGUUCGCCUUCCUCGCCGUCUUCCUGGUCGUCUUCGUCACAGCCUUGUUCCGCACGCCGAAGCUCGAUCUCAACGAGAUCGACGAGGACGCCGAAGCUGACGAGGAAGAAGGCUUGCUUGCAAGCACUGGCCGUAGGUUCGGUGCGACAUGGCAGGAUAUCAGAGGGCAAGCUGGCAGGAAGAAGACUUCUGGUGCUGCUGGAAGGGGCAUUCGUGGGGAUGAUGACGGGGGUUCUGAUGAAAAUUGA